AUGUCGGUGCGACCGUCGACGCCGCCCCGGCAGAGUGGCGAAUCUCAUGCGGCUUCACCAUUGACCCCGGAACAGGUGAGGAGGAUAGAGAUCAACCGGCUGAAGGCAAAAGCCCUUCGCGAACAAAGAGAAGCCGAAGCUGCCACAAAACUAAACCCCCGAAGGUCAGAUACCUCAGCAACGGGUCAGAAACGAACAUUUGAUGUCUUUGCUGGCGCUCCUGCUACCCAGCGAAACGCAAGUACGCAAGCGGAUGCUGUCCGGCCGCUCGAGGCGAUUCAGCCUGCGCGAAACCUCGCAAAGUAUAUCGAGUAUGAUUUCAGUAAGAUGACGGAUACGAAGGGCGGGUUUCUGACCGCAGACGAUGACCCUCACAAUAAGGCGAUGCACUCAAACGAAUUGGAGGCAAAACCUUCCAACGUGACCCAGAGAGAAUGGGAAAGACAGCAACUCCUGAGGUCGCUGAGAAAUCAAAAAGCAGGGCCAUUUGAACCUGGAAUCAGCGCUUCUAAUGAUCAAAAAAUCAGCUCGUGCCGCGAGUGUGGCACCCUUGAAGUGGAUUGGAAAUGGCUCGAUGUGUUCGACCUUGCGGUUUGUAAUGCUUGCAAAGAGAAGUUUCCGGAGAAAUACAGCUUGCUCACAAAGACCGAGGCGAGGGAGGACUAUCUCCUGACUGAACCCGAACUAAAGGACGAAAACCUACUUCCUCAUCUCGAGAGACCCAACCCGCACAAGUCGACUUGGCAUAACAUGUUUCUCUACCUCCGCUGUCAGGUGGAAGAGUAUGCUUUCUCGGAAAAGAGAUGGGGCUCUGCGGAAGUGCUCGAUGCCGAGUUUGAGAAGAGGGAGACAGAGAAAAAGAGACGCAAGGAGAACAAAUUCAAGUCAAGACUGGCUGACCUGAAAAAGAGGACUAGAGUUGAAGCGCAUCAGCGUAGUCGCAAAGGUGGAGGAGGCGGUAAUUUUGGCGACGACCUUGGUGACGGAAAACACGCUCACGAGUUCGGUCGGCCGGUGGACAACCCAGACACCGGAAUGCCGGUCAAGAAGUGUAUCAUCUGUGGUUUGGAGGUUGAAGAACUGGAGUUAUGA